GCUGAUCUGUAUGCACUCAAACCAGCAGACUUCGUUACGGAUUUGUUUAUCCCACAAAAUCUCUUCUCUCGAAGCUUAUCGGACCUUCAUGCGUGGAAGUCGUAUUGUAAUUAGGCAGGAAAACACAUUUUCCCAGGGGAAUCCAACGCUGGAGUUGGAACCGCCGUUAUUCGCGAUCAAAGGCUCGUAUCUGUCUAAUUUGGAUGAAUUUGCCUUCACUAAUUUACCUAGUCUAACGUAGCUAGUUGGCUCACUGCUUCACACAAAAUCAGACUCAGCUGCAGCGAAGUGACGGCACGGCAUACACACUGAGCCCCGCCUCACGCCGUGAGCCCCCAGACGCCGACCGGGCAGGAAGUUUAGUGUGUGUCUCACACACGGCAUCAGACGACCGAACAGACUUCACUGAGAAAAAUGGCAUGAGAUAGGGGGGCAGAGGUGUCCUUUUGCCCCCGUUUGUCUCUGCCUAGUCUAACUUGCUUAGCUAGUUAGCGGUUUUGAUGCAUUCGCGAAACCUGUAACUUAUAGCUAAGUUAGCUUGCCAUUUCGAGUUAACCUCGGCGAGUCCUCCAAUACACCAAACGAAAAUCUGACAAAGUCGCCAAGGGAAAUAUGGCAAACGUGAAAGUCGCGAUUCGAGUUCGACCACUCAGUGCUAGGGAGAGCAAAGAUGGCGGCCGGAUAGCCGUGCAGGUGGAGGACAAGGUGGUGAGGAUCAGGAACAUGAAGCUGGACGGACGUCUGGACGGCCAUGCGGACUCCAGGGAGAGGCUGAUGGAGUUCGGGUUCGACUACUGCUACUGGUCCGUGGACCCUGAGGCCUCCCACUACGCGUCCCAGGAGGAGGUGUUCCAGGACCUGGGUGUUUCGGUGCUGGCGGGGGCGUCUGAGGGGUACAACGUGUGCCUGUUCGCUUACGGGCAGACCGGCUCGGGGAAGACCUACACUAUGAUUGGCACACCGGCCUCCAUUGGCCUGACCCCGCGAAUCUGUCAGGGCCUGUUCAGGACGGAGGACGGCUCUGCAGAGGGACAGAGCCCCUGCAGGGUGGAGGUCAGUUUUUUGGAGAUCUAUAACGAGCGCGUGCGUGACCUGCUGAGGCGCUCUGAGGAGAAGAAGCCGUCCCCGCUGCGGGUUCGAGAGCACCCCGAGAAGGGGCCCUACGUGCAGGGCCUGUCGCAGCACGUGGUGUCGGACUACCAGCAGGCGGUGGACCUCCUGGAGGAGGGCAUCUCCAAACGCAUCACGGCCGCCACGCACAUCCACGACGCCAGCAGCCGCUCCCACGCCAUCUUCAGCAUCCAGUACACGCAGGCCAUUCUCGAGAACAACCUUCCUUCUGAAAUUGUCAGCAAGAUCAACCUGGUGGACUUGGCUGGCAGCGAGAGGGCGGACCCUAAUUACUGCCGGGACCGGAUCACUGAGGGCUCCAACAUCAACAAGUCCCUGGUGACCCUGGGCAUCGUCAUCUCCGCUCUGGCCCAGAACUCCCAGAUGUUCAGCAGCUGCCAGAGCAUCAACAGCGUGGCGAGCGAGGGGGAGGGCAGCACGGGGGGCAGCCUGUCCAGCUCGCUGUCCGGGGGGGCGCGCCGCCACUGCUUCAUCCCCUACCGGGACUCCGUCCUCACCUGGCUGCUGAAGGACAGCCUGGGGGGCAACUCCAGGACCAUCAUGAUCGCCAGUGAGUGCUCACCCCCCCCCCCCCAAAAGCCGAGGCUGAAGAUCCCUGCUCUUACCGCCGAUGACGCCAGCGUGAGGCUGAUCAGGGAACUGCGGGAGGAGAUCGACCGACUGAAGAGCAUGCUGCUGAGCUACGAGAUGCAGCGGAACCCCAGCCCUUCUUUGAGUGACGAGCGGGACGGAAGCAUCUCCGACCUGGUGCUGCAGAACGAGCUGAAGGUUGAGCAGCUGACUAAAGACUGGUCGGACCGGUGGCGGGACCAGAAGGAGGUGCUGGAGCAGUACAGCGUGGACAUCAACCGGGACCGGGCGGGCUUCCUGAUCCGCUCCCUCCUGCCCCACCUCAUCGCCCUCGACCGGGACGUCCUGAGCACGGGGGUCACCUUCUACCACCUCAGGGAAGGGGUGACCGUGAUCGGACCACACGACCAAUCCCAAAUAGUCCUGCAGGGGGAGUCGAGCUGUGAGAUUGUGAACCAGCAGGGCACCGUGACCCUGAGACCCGUGCCUGGCAGUGUCUGCACGGUCAACGAGCGGGAGGUGACCGAACCGUGCCGACUGGCUCAAGGGGCGGUGAUAGCGCUGGGCGGGGCGCACAAGUUUCGCUUCAACCACCCGGCGGAGGCGGCCGUCCUGAGGGAGCGGAGAAGGGAGAGUGAAGGUAUCCUGGACUGCUGCUCCACUGACCUGAGUCCCCUCGCCUCCAGUGGCAGGCCAGAGGGGGACAGGUGCUGGGAGGAGGGCGGGGGCGGGGGCGACGGCAGCGGGGCGUCGGCGGCACACCCCCCCAGGCAGCGGGUGGAGGAGCAGCAGCGCUACAUCGAGUGCCUGCGGGAGGAGAUCCAGGCGGAGCAGCAGCGGGCGGAGCUGGAGCUGGAGAGCGAGCAGGCGCACCUCAGACAGCAGCACAGAGAGAUCCAACAGUGGAUAUUGCAGGAAAAGCAGCGUCUGGCCGCCAGUGAAGAGAAGGGGAAGCAAGAGCUCGGGGUGCAGACGGACCCAGUGUCCUCGCCCCGCCCAGAGGGCGUGGCCUCCGAGGCCAUGGAGGGCGGGAGCGGUCCCAUUGCGACGCCCCUGACGGCGACGAUCGGCGACAGGAAGAGGGUGGUGCAGGAGGAGCUGCUGCGGCACCACGCCUUGCGCCGGGCCGAGAACCGGGUGCGCCGCAAACGUCUGCACUACCAGCUGGAGCGGAUUGCUCAGAAGCGCCACCUGCUGGAGGCCAAAAGGGAACUGCAGCGGCUGGAGAACGCCCUUCCCCCGGGGCAGGACAGCCCGACGUCGCCUGAGCUGGGCCACCUGUCCAGGGCGAGAGGGCCUCCGCGCGUCCUCCGCAGGCAUUCCUUCUCCGCGGACAUCCUGUCCCGCCUGUACCCCCAACACACCCCCAGCUUCAGUCAUUUUCUUAGAAGAAACAAGUCAUCAGAAUUUUCCCCGGCAUUUUGGAGGUCUUCAGACCCUCGAAAAUGGGUGUCAGAUGAGUGUCUUCCAUCCAGGAGGACAAGAAGUCGAGCCAACACCAUGCCCUCAGAAUUUAGCCGAAGUUUGGACUGUCAGACAAGCUUUCCAGAAAGGCUGAAUGCAUCCAUGAGGCAUGUUCCUGUUGUAAUGAACGGGGCAGAAAGGAGAUCUUCACUCUCAAAAAAUGGAUCUAUUGGAAGUCAUGGGGAAGCUUCCCAAUCAAGCAUUGAUGCUUCAGAGCAAUGCAGUAAAGUCACAAAAAAGAGUGUGUCAAUGUCAGUGAAGUCCAGUGGCCCUAACGCGCCCAAGGGCGUCAAAAGCCCCUCCCAGGGUAACAAGAGCCUGGAGAGAAUCCGGAAAGCGUUCUCCCGUUCGGUCGGCCCGGGAAUCCGGACUGCGCUGUCGAGGGUGUUUCGAAAACCCCCGUCUGGAUUUAACUGCAGAGGUACCAAGUCCCUCGGCAAGACCGCAAACAGGUCGCAGGAAAAUUCAGAGCUGAAGGAAACAAAGGUGGCGGAAGAACACUCGAUAAAAAUGGCGGUGUCUUGUGAGGACUUGAAGCGGCCGACAUCGUCUACAGAGACGAGGCAAAGGCGCUGGAACAGUGCAGAGGUCUUGGGUAAGGCGUCUGAAAAACCCGCGAGUAGGCAGUGGAAGCUGGCAGGCUGGACGGAGAACAUGCAGGAGGAGCAAGGAGAUGGUUCCUCAGACUGUGACAGCUCGUACUCCCUGGACUCCCUCUCUUCUGCCUAUGCUACAGCCCUGGCCGAGCAGCUGAAGCAAGAGGACUCCGAAAUGAGCGAAUGCGAUGGAAAGAGUGAAGCCGAAAGUGUGGACAGCCAGAUGUCCCAGGAUUCCCUGGUGACGGACAGCAGCAAGAAGAACACCACUGUGAGGACCGUUUCCAAGUCGACAGAGGCGUGCCAUCAACUAGCCUCGACUCUUCACCGCAUUCCUUCUGGCAAAGAGAGGAGGGUCUUCAGCAGGCAGUCAGCUGGCAAAGAAGUCGUGGAUAUGCUCUCCUCUCUUGAUUCCUGCACCUCUGAUGACAUGCCAGCAGAGGCGUACUGGGGACUCUGUGUUGUGUCCCAGCCAAAUGUAGCACAUAAACCGGAAGCGGUGAAGGAGGCUGUUCGGCCACCAAAGUGGACAGUCGUGUCUAGAGAGAUGCGGAUCAGUGAAGAGUCAGCUGGUGGUCCUCUUGUGACCGACGGCAUUCCUCGUCCAUUUUCAGCUUCCAGUAUUAGAGAGCAAGAGAAUUCGCUGGUGUCAACCGAUGCGUGGUCCUCCACAGAAACAGACAGUCCCAGAAUUUGCAGAGCCUCAACUGCCACAACCCAACGGACACUGUACAAUCCAGCAGAAGGCAGUAGCAACACUCAAAGUAGCAUGGACCUCUCAGAUAGCCCGAGGAGCUCUGAAAGCCAAGACUGGUCCAACACCGACUGCACAGAAGGUGAAAAAACAACUGUAGAGCAACAAAAAUAUUGGGAUUCAGAGACUAGCUCCAGCUCUUCUGUGUUACCGAUAAUGCUUGGAGAUGAGACUAUGCUAGCAUCACUGGACACCAUUACAGAGCCUGUUCCAGGGCCCAUAUUCUCAGAAGUCAGCCAUUUUGAAGGAUGCUCAAUGAACCUAUCAGGCAAGGGAAAUGAGGGAGAAGCAACUGCAAGUAUGGAAACAUCCGACUGUCCCAAAAGAUGUGGGAACAAUCAAACUGAAAAUAUGCCCUUUGAUGGAAGUCUUUGCAAAACUGAAGCUAUUUCUUUCUCUGCUUGUAAAAGUCCUCCAACCCCAACCAUAGUAUGCCAAAAUCUCGAACCAGACAAUGAGCCUGUGUCAUCACUUAAGUCUGAGAAACUGAUGAUUAGAUCUAUGUCAGAACAGCUUCAAGUGGGUGCAAGUGAAUCUGCCUCAUCUAUGGUAGAAGAGAUAAACAGCAAUGUCACAGACGUUUCAUCGAAAGAUGACCACUCUUCUUCUGAAUGCACAGUACAAGGUGAAAACAUAAUCGAAAAUCUGUUUCUUGCAAAUGGUGAUGUUGGUACUGCUGAACUUCUGUCAGUAAACCUUUCAGAAUUUGAUAUGAACACAUCAUGCAGGAUUGAUGAAGAAGGCACACCCUCAUCUUGUCCCCCAGAACCUCAAAGUAACUUUAAUGAAGGAUCAAUCGUACAUAGUAUGAGACUCCCCUGUAGUGAAUUGGUUCAAGUGAGCUUCAUGGAGGAAUCAGCAGUGGGUUGCACACAUCAAAAUGACCAUCCUGAUACUAAAAAUACCUCGGAUAAGAUAAAAAUUCAGACCGUCAAGGCCGACAUUUCAGAAUUGUCAAACCCAUUGCAGCAUGUUGAUUGCCAGGACAGAAAAGAUAUGCAGAAUGGAAUAAAAGCUGAAGGCCAGAGCAUAAUGAACAGUGACAGUCUGAUAACUUCUGGAAUAGUCUGCAAAACAGAUCAUUUUCAAUUAGAAAGUAAUCAAAACAUUUCUGUGUGCACUACUAUUUUGCAUUCUCAGACAGCUUCUCAGGAAAUUUGUCAAGUGAAGGAGGCUGUGAUCAGCUAUAUCCCAGAGAAUGUCUUAAAGAUGAGUACAAACAAACACUCUUCAAGUACUGAUCAUAGUGGGAAGGAGCAAAUCGCGACCAUGUCAAGAAAUAAUAGAUAUUCCAUUGAUUCAGGAGAAAUUGUUGAGGGCGAAAAGAAAAAUGGAGUAUUCUCUGAAUCCAAAGAGAAGGAACCUUUCAGAGUGGCUCAAAGUGAAUCUUUUGAAAUCCAUAACCCCUCUAUAGAUGUGGAAGAAGCCAAAGUAUUGACCAUUUCCAAAGUUGAAGGAGAAGCAGUGAAUGAGAAGGUGGAUUUUGAAGUUGUUGACAGUAUGUCUUGUGAAAUGGAUCUGGACAAAUCAAAGGGUCAUGAAGAGACAUUUGAUGAGGAAGAGUGGGAGGACUGUGAAACUGAAGAGACCAAAGACUGUUUAGAGAAAAAGAUGAAUAAGCAAUACAAGCCUGAAAAAAUGGCUGUGCACUUAAAGAAAGGUGUAAUCCACAGUGCCAUACCUACCACAUAUGAAUCAUUCAAGGUGUCUGGUAGAGGAAAUGAUUCAAGAAAAAUAGAAAAACUCGGAAUGCAUAGAGGCAAAGAGAAACUGCCCAGAAUCCCAAAGAAAAUAUGUACAGCAGAAAAGAAUAUAACUACAGCUGCACCUGGGGACUCCGAGGGGAGUAUGACCAAUAACGAGGAAUGUGACUGUAACCACACCAGAGAGGCCGAGUUUAAAAAAUCUCCUGCAACGUUUGAUUUAUCAAACAGUUCAUCUUUUCUUUGUUACACAGAAAAGAGCGCACUAGCCGAUAAGGACUUAGGGUUGUCUACAAGCCAAAAUAAUGUGGCUGAGAUCUGUGAUAAAACAAAUUGUUUUCAAGCAACAAAUAAAGGCCUGGAAACUUAUGCAGAAGAAAAGAGUAGAGAAAACGAACGUAGUCCAAUUGACCAGGAGAUCUCUAAAGUCGUGCAAAAGCACAUGAAGGCAUCUUUGAAAGAAGGUCGGGAAGAUGUAGGUGCUGGUGAUGAAGAGUCCAGUGCAUUUAUGUUGUUGAAUGUGCACUGGGAUAAAGAUGAAUUUGAGGAAUCAAACCCAUGUGCCUUAUCCAGGGUCAUCAGACCUCAUGUUCAGGGAAAUCUUUCAAGUCUUUCUGAGAUGAGUGAUGCCUCGGAAGUAAAGGACCUCAGAGACCAUCUCCGGAAUUCUGGAGCACUUUUUUCUGAGAGCUCAAUGUCCCCAGUACUUCCACCUUUCAUCGAGAUCAAACCCCUCCAGGAUGACUGUGUCAGGGCGGAUAUAGCUAACUUUGAUCCUGAACAGCACAGUGCUAACGCCCUUACAUUACUUUCCAAGAAUUGUACAGUGUUGUUACCCAAAGCAAUGGAAUCAAGUCCCUCAGAGAAGAAUGGAACUUCAAGCUAUGAGGGCCAGAAGAUGAGAGGCAAAGACAUAAAUGUCCAGUCAUUUGACAAAAUAAAUUAUGUUCAGAUUGGCAGCAGUGGUAAAAUCAGCUCAAAUUCUGUUGAACCUGCAACAGUAGAACAUGGAGAUGCUCAAAUGAUAGCCUUUGGCAGUUCACCUAUGAACCUUGAGCUAAAAGACUCCAGACAAAUGCGUCCUAACUCAUCAAAAGCGACAAGCAUUGAUGAUUGUACAUGUAUAACAGAUACACCGAACAACCAACUGAGAGAGAACGUUUCUCCUGCAGCAAACCCCAACCGAGAUGAAAUUAUGGUAGAAGAAAGGAUCUUGGAAAGUAAUGGAACUAAAGAUCCUAUAACCAUUAAUACCCCUGGAUACAAAACUGAAGGUGCAACAAGUAUAGAUCAGUCCUUUGCGUUUAGGAGGGACUUAACUGCAAUUCCAGGGAAGGAUGAAAGGGCAGACAUCAACAGCAAACAAGUAGUGGAGCAGAAGACUAAAGGAAGUAAAAUAUGUUCUUCUCCAUAUCUUUCUGAUGACUCUCACGAUUAUAAAUCAAGGAGUAAUAUAGAGAAGCUUAGAGAAGUUAGCCUAGCACACAUCAGUAUGCCUGCCCUGCAACCAGAUGGAAAUUAUUUAGAAAAUGUUUGUCCCUCACCCACAGUGGGGUUUGUGUCUCAGAUGAGGGAAGAGAAAGGAAAUAUAGUUUUCCCGCCUUCAGAAGGCUUUGAGGCCAGUGCACAGCCGAGACAAUCCUGUCCUGAAACAAACCACAGUGAACUUCAUGGAUUGGGCAGUGAGGAUUACUUUGACGUACGGAUGUCCCGAUGGACUGGUUCAGUUGAGCAUGCCUCCCAGGACAAACUGGAAGAAAUCCUUAAACCCCGAGCUGGAGUUCCCGAUUUUAUUGUUAAGGUGGAACAAAAACUGAACUCUGACACGUCAAGUAAAUUUUCCAGCUCUAAUUCAGAGCAUGAAGACAAAAUCAAUGCAACAUGCACAUUGAACACUGUGGAGCCAAAGGCCGACUGUGAGCAUCCUCUCCGAAAUGAUCUCGAAGGCUAUUUGUGUUCUGCUAAAGACUUUUUCCUUGAAUAUGAGGCACGUCAUCAAUACAAGGUCAUGACUGAAAUUCCUGAUAUGAAGUCCACUAAUGUUGUCACAACAUAUGGUGCCCACUACAACAGCAAUGUGUGUGAAUCUGAUGGAGUUCCUUGUUUUCAGCAGGCAAGUUUUGAGGAAAUUGCAAAGCCAACUGAGAAGAUUGGCUCAGCACCCGUUAAAUCGUCCCCUGAGAUACAAUCCGACAGUUUAUCACAACAUUUGAGAAACAGUCAAUCUAACAGAAUCAAAGGUGCUUCAUCCAUUUGUAAUGUAACCAAGAAUUUCAGUCCAUCCUCUUCAGAAAACUGUUUGGAACCCAUUGAUGAUCAAGUUGAAAAAGGGUCUAAAACCCAGUGUAGUGAGAACUGUACUUCCACACGCCAAACCAAUGAGUCACAAGAGAUAGCACACAGCUUCCAAGUAGCUAAAAGAGAAUCGUCCAGCCCAAGCUAUGCACAACAUGAAAAUACUGAAAUCAUAAAGAAGCUGUUACUUGAAGGAAUCAAAGAAACAACCGUAACAGAGACCAGUUGCCUUGUAAAUGUAGGACUUGAAUUCAAAAACAGUGAUGCCUCCGUUUCAUCUCAUUCACCAUCUCAAAUGAAACAGGACGGCCACUGUUUAGAGUCGAGAGUUAAUGGUUUUGGAGACAGAGAGAUGUUAAAGUCUGAUUACACAGGACACCCACAGUGUAGCAAUAAUGCUGUAAGUAAUGCUGAUCACCAAAGGGGGAAGCAAAAGCGGUUUAGAAGGGUGAAUCCAAGGGCACCAUCCACGUCAUCAACUGAGUCUAUGCUGGACUCAUCUCCAGAAGAAAAGACUAUAUCUAGAGUGUAUCCUGGCAGGAUACAAAGUAGGUCUGAAGCUCAAACACCUUUAAAGCUAGAUACGCUUGUUAACAGCCGUAAGGUAUGCAGUGGUUUCACCAAAGGCCAAGGCGUAACAUCUGCAGUAACUAAGACUAGUAAUGAACUUGAUGAUAAACCCAGAAAUGGAGGUAGCAGGUGCCAGAGGCAAACUCACUCCAACAUGAGGCCACUAAAGCCUCAUAUAGUGUCGCAUGUGGAAAAAAAGUCAAUUCCCCACAGUGAAACUAGUACAUGUGGACCUAAAAGCUUAAAAAAGGGCUCCCAUGAAACAUUAAAACCUUGCCUUAAGCAGCAUGAGCUAAGUGUUGCUAAGCAAGAGAAGGUCCUGCAACAAGAGAGUCAGACAUUGCCUAAAAAGGAUGCAGCAAUGCACUUUGCUUCCAGUGAUAUCAACCCCUUUUUCCAUUCUUGGCAGGAGACAGAGUCGACCAAAGGGACCUAUAAAAACCAGGUUUUUGGAAGUGCCACUGACAUCUCCUGCAAAGGAUCUCUGCUGGACGAUCAUAAAAGCCAAGUCACCAGGUGUCACAGCGUUGAUAAUGGAUUAAACGAUCAAAACUCCCCCUUUCAAUCUCAUCUGAGUGCCUAUGCUAACAAGAAAGAACUCUCCAGCAGUUUUGAAGAUUUCAAGGAGCAGGACUCUUCAGAGCUCCAAUCGUGCCACUACAUGUCCUACCCAGACAGUGUACAGAACCCAAGAAGGUGUGAUUCUUACAGAAAUGUUGUCUCUGGUGAUCUUGGCAACUGCUCAGGUCAAGUGGAUGAAAUAAUGUUAGUUUACUCCUCUGAGCAGGAGUCUGUAGCUGGUCCACUCAAAGACUAUUCCAUGUUAGCCUGUGACCAAAGUACACAGACAACGAUAGUGGAUAGCAGGCAGAAAAAGAAGAAUCGUCACAAGCGGAGUAGUACCCAGGUACCAAUGACCAGGAUGGAUACCACUGGAACUGGAGUGCCUACCACGUGGGCAAGCCUUCAGAAUAUGUCCCUUCAUCUCUCCGAGUUGAUCUACAAUACAUCUGAUCUGCUGGGGAACAUACAGUGCAUCAGAGCCCAAGAAUCCCUUCCCAAAACUGAUCGGCACGGUAAUGUUGUGGCACAUCCACUUUUCGCUGGAUCUGGAAAGAGGGAUUGUUCAACCCAAACCGUUGUGGACAUUGGGAUCCAAACUGAAGGGUUUCCUGUGCUUGGAGGUUACAGGGACAUCACUAAAAAACAAAUAAUUGAGAAACCUCAUGAAGUCAACGUGAUUGUGAAAGUAAUUGGUUCAGAUGUGCUUAGUGUAUCACAAGAUCAGGAGGAUAUUAUACUUAAUGUGCAGGACAGAGCAAAGUAUGGAAGGACAGGUGAAAAGAUGCAGAGUAUGCCCAAUCUCUGGCAAAAUAACUCUGGUGGAGCUGAGUGGACUCACGCCUCAAUGGAAUCUGCUUCUCAGACAGUUCGGGCCUCCACACCUUCCUUAGUGACAAAUGUGCAGUGUUACAGCUGCUCUAAUCAUGACAGUUCCCUCAAAUUGUCUCCCAGGCACAUACCUGAACAGGUGUUCUCUACCAACAUUGGAAUCUCGAGGGUCAGCAGCAGUUCCUCAAAUGCAGCCAGCCAGGGAAACCAGACCUCCUUGAGGGAUGGGUCUCAAUGUCUUAGUGCUCACCAGAAAACGUGUCCCAAACAAGUGUGUUUCAUUGACCGUGCUUCCUCGCCCAUACUUACAGUAGAGUCUGGGACAGGUACCCAGUUAGGCAGGAGUAAAUCCGCUCAGUGCCUGGUGAACCAUCAAAAGGUUGAGAUGCAAGAAUCAGUUUGGGAGCAACAUGAGGUCCAGUCUGCCCCUUGGAGAAGUUUACAUGACCAAGCAGAAAAGGGACUUCUAUCUAAGCAUGCAAACAGGGAAGAGCAGAGCCAACAAACUUGUGAUCACUCUGGAAAGCUAAGUCGACUAACUUCAAAUGGAUCCAUUGGCUGUUUCACUCCUGAAAAUGUGAGUGAUCUCAGUGAGCAUAGUUACCAAACAGUGGAGAGGUGCUCUGUGAGUCUGAAGAUCUCAAGAAAUUUUAUGGAUAUAGCUAAGCAGCAAACUGCUAAGGUUUCGAAACCUUCAAGUAACCAAUCACCUAACCAGAGUCCUAGAUGGGCCACUCUUCCUCCAUAUUUAAGUGAUGGGGCCCCUUUUCUGAGUCAAGUUUCCUUAGUAAAGCCUGGGAAACAAGAUGAGUGUCCGCAUCUUGGUUGCAGACAAGACAGACAAGAGCCUUCAAACGAGAAGUCUCUAUUGUCCAGCCUAGAUAAACAGCUGAGCUACAGCGCAUCUGCUCUGGAAAACUACCAUAGAACGUUUGAUGAUGUUGGCAGGUGCUGGAAUGGCCCUUCUGAACCUUCAAAUAUCAGUGAGGCCACUGUCCAGCUUCAGGAAGAUGAUGCAGUAUCAUUAGCACCAAGUGAAUGCAACACGGACAUCCUCAUCAACAUUAAUCCUCUCCUGAAUGUCAGCCAGAAGGAACACCGGAGGGUCCCUGAGGAUCUGCCAAUGCACAACAAGUUCACCAACUGGUCGGGUGUCAGCUAUCAUCCUCCAUCAAUCGCCAGUAGUGGCGUGGUUCAGUCAGUCUCGAAGCGUAGCAACAGGGUGAAAGAGAAAAGCAGCUGUGCGCACCAGAGCAGCUCAGAAAGCCAGGGGUCAGGUGAUGCAGAGGUGAUGACCCCCAAAAGCAGAAGGACAAAAGAGAUCGAGAUGCUUCGUAAGGAGCGGGAGCAAGUGAUGGCUGCCGUCCGGCUGGACAUGAACCCGCACCAACUGACCGUGGAGCUGACCGAGGCCAAGCUGCAUUAUGGCCUUGGGGAAACCGAUGCACUACUGAAGUUGCUGAAGACCAACUCCAAAGAGGAGCCCCGUGGCGUACCUACAAAACAGCAACUGUAUGACCAACACAGGAGGAGCAUCGAAGGAUUACGCCAGGAGAGGGAGGCACGCCUCCAAACUUGCCGACGGGCACGCAGCCUGAGUCCCAGCAAGCACCUCACCUCCCAGGUCCAAGGGGCAGAAACGCCCACCAGGGGGCCUGAAUUGCCCAGCCGACGCAGGGAGUACCUGCAGCAACUCCGGCAGGAGGUGGUGGAGAGCACCAGAGUUCCGGAACCCCCAAAGCAGGCAGGCCAGUGGCCCUCGGAGAUCGAGCUGAUGCUGCGGGACUACGGCCGCGCCCGCGAGGAGGCCCGGACGGAGAUCGCGCGCGCCAGGGACAGGCUCCGUGAGAGGACCGAGCAGGAGAAGAGACGGCUGCAGCAGCAGGCCCUGUCCCGAGCUGUGAAGGAUGACCUCCGUUCACGUACCCGCGUCAGUAGCAGCACCCUCUGCACUGGGUCAAGCCUCAGCUUGUCUUCAGGGCCUACCUCUGGCUACAACAGCAGCAACACUGCCCUUCUAAAAGAAGGUGCCAAUUCUGCACAGGUUCUGCAGGUCCCUGGGUGCCCAGAAGAUGGAGGUUUGAAGGUCAGAGGUCGUCCUCCCAUACGCGCCUCACAGAAUUUUGAACUUCAGCGUCCCUGGCUGUCAGUCCAGGAUGUGCGUUUGGAGGUUCCAGUCUCUGGGACUGACUCCCAGCUGCCCUCCCCAUGUGGACACCAUCGCACAUUGUCUCACAGCUCAGCUUUCUCCAUAUCCACCUCCUACCGGGACAUCGCCAAAUACACUCAUGACUGCGCCAUUGCUGAGGUGCGCUCAGCUGCAGCAGGAGACCUGGGGAACCUGCUGGAGGGGAGGGCUUCCAGUGGAUGGAGGUACCAGGGAACAGAGCGAGGGGUACAGGCCUUCUACAAGCCUUCCUCCAGCCCCUCCGUGUAUGGCUUUCUCGGGGCUGUGGAGCUGGAAAGGCCCUUGCCCAGCCUGUGGUGCAUGAUCCGGGACCACUCCAAAGCCCACCUGUACAACGAGUCGGUCCGCUCCGCCUGGACCCGGCCGCUGGAUGACAGCACACAGUUGGUGUACCUGUUGACUGACACCUCGGCCUGCCACCUCAGCCAGCCAAGAGACUUCUGCUGCAUCAGCACAGAGUCCAAGCAGCAGGGUGAAUGGGUGCUGGCCAUGCGCUCGGUGUUUGAGGAGUCUCUCCCACGCCCCAGUAUCGAAGCCGUCCGGGGGGAGCUGCUCCCCAGUGCCUGGGUCCUGCAGCCAGCGCUUCGCCAGGGUCGAGAGGUCAUCAGGGUCAUAUACCUGCUGCAGGUGGACUUAGGGACUCCUGCACUCCCACAAAGAAUCUUGAGCGUGGUUGCCAGGAAACAAGCAGCGGUAAUCGCUGAGCUGGACACUUUCCUAUCGCUCUGAAAACAUGGAGCAGAUGCGUCACAAUGAGCACUUAAGCUAAGCCUGAAUUGGAGUUGGAGCUUCACUAAUAUUUGCACCUUAUUACAUUUUGUUUGCUUUUUUUUCUGUCAUGAGUUUAUGUGAAAAUGAGAGCACUGUUGAUAUGUUGAUAUUUAUACUACAAAAUAUCAGGCAGUUUUAUAAUUUUUAAGUUUUGUAUUGUGAAGAUGAAGCUGUUUUGUUGUGAUUUUUUUUGCUUGUUUUGUUUUGUUUGUUUUUUUUAACUGAAAGUAAAAUCCCAAAGAGUAGUGUAGCAGCAGAUUUAAAUUUUAUUUUUUUUGCCAAAAAUGUCUUGCCAAGUCUGGUCAAGACCAGCAGGAGGCUUUGCACCUCCAUCGUUGCUCACGACCCUAUCUCUACUGCACAUCACUAACGGUGCAGAGAGAGGAAGGGUCUGAUGGGUCUAAUGAAUGUAGCGUCAGAGGAAAUCUCUGCACAGCAGUAUUUCAUUUGGAUAUAUAAUGCAGUUCACUUCAGUCUGACUCAGUAGUCAGUUAAACUUUCAGGGCAGUCCAGUCCAAUAGCAGUGUUCGUCGGCCUUUACUAUUGUUUAAAGCUUGAAGCAGGCCUUCACUGCAUACAGGCACAUAAUGUAAUGUGUGUGUGCGUGUGUGAGUGUGUACCUGUGCGAGUGUGUACGGGUAAAUAUCUUGUUAAGCUAUUCUCUGUCCAUUGUUCGAGGAGCAUUUUUGCAGUUUUUAGUAAUCGCAAUCGAAUAAGUGUGCUUUCACGUGUGUAGUAUUGGAGCACUGCAGAGCUUGGUCACAUCUUGCUGUUUCCUCUAAUUUUGUCGUGCAUGGCCAUGGAGUCUUCCUCAGUGUAAUACAUCAGUUUGGCGCAGUUUCUGAGGUAGUGCUGGGGAACGCUCGGUAGCAUCCGAGCAUUUUGUGUUUUUUAGUAUUUUUUUAUUGCUCAUUUAAGAUGAGAACUAAGCUAAACAUUAUCUUUCAAUCAGCAGGGAUGGGUGCUCGCUGCAAUCCGGGCAGCUAACUAAAUACAAUUUAGGGGGUGUAAGAAAUAGGAUUAACUGUAAGGAAAAUUAUAUUUUGUCUCUCACAUUGCGCAAGCGGACCACUCUGGUAUGGAGUACAAAUGUUAUUUCAUUGCACAGAAGCAGGGUGACUUGUUAAAAAAAUAUGGAGACCAGCUUUCACCUCUAGUUUAGCUGUUUCAAAUUCCAAAUUCUUACCUUUGCACAGUUAUUAAUUUAUGGGUUCUCCCCCAAGCAUUAUAAGCAUAAUAUAAUAUGUACAUUGCACAGUAGACAAAAUUAUGGAUUUAUAGUGCAUGCGGAUGCUCAGGGGUCCCUGUCCUCUAGCACUGAGUUUGAACACAGUGGUUCUUACAGGAACCACAAAUGAAGGAACCACUUCCCCCUUCUCCCACUGUCAGAGGUGGUACGUGGCUGUCCAGAGAUUGAGCCAAAAUGGCGCCAUUACGUUCCUCACUGCAUAACAGCGCAAUCGGAGCAGUAGCGCAUGCUGUCACAUGGUUUGCAGAAUUGGUGCUUCACGAUUGGCAGUGUUGAAUACCAACAAAAUUGGUUCCGAACAUAAGAAGGACUUAAUGCUCGGCACUGCAGUAGCUUGACUUUUUUAUUGUAUUUUUUACAUUUGAGUUAUUUUGAUGUAUUUUAAGUUAAUAUGCUCCCGUCUUUGUCCCCUGAUUUAGCAUUUUUGUAGCUAUGCUAUACACCUUGCAUAGUCAGUUAAGCUUGCUUGUACACCUGAUUUAGCAUUUUUGUAGCUAUGCUGUACACCUUGCGUACUCAGUUAAGCUUGCUUGCAUACCUGAUUUAGCAUUUUUGCAGGUAUGCUAUACAGCUUGAAUACUCAAUUAAGCUUGCUUGUACAGUAAGUAGGCACGCAUCAGUUACAGUGGGGAGCUAAGCUAACGUGGUUUGUUCUCAUUCUGCUCUGUAAAGGUGGUGGAGCAUUAAGCAAGCAGGCCUGCUUGGUCCAGCUCUGCAGGGGGACGGGGUUACAGGGGGGGGUCACAUGAAGGAUGUACAUUUUAUUUUCGUAAUUAUUUUUUAUAAAUAUGUCUAAUUAUAUCAGUGUGUGUAAAAUAAUGUUUUCAUUGACAAAACAGAAUUAUUUAUCUUUUUAAAAAAAAAAUUUUUUUAGUUGAUUUGGAGUUUUUCCGUGUUUUUUUUUUUUUUUUGGUUUUUUUUUUGGAAAAUAUUGUAUUCCAAAGGUUUUAUCAUCAAUAUUUUUAAAUCGUCCAAUUUUUUGUACUAAAUUUAUUUAAGAGCAUAAAUGUAUUUUCCUAAAUUUAUGUAACAUUUAAUGGGAAGAUUUACUGGGAAUGCCAUGUAUGUUUCUUGUCAAGUGUGUGACCUUUCAUAUGAUACGCGUUCAUAUGAUAUGAGUGAUUGAUGAUAUUAAUAACCUGAAGGCUUUCAGUUUCAUAUUACUUUUAAUGAACUGUCCAAGUAAAGCUCCAUGUCUGCAUAUCGAACAAAACAUUUAAUAUGAUUUUGAAACAUGGCACUUUGUUAUUAUGUAUGUAUCAGAAAAUAUGUUGUCUUGCUGAACAAAAUAUGUUUAUAAUAAAAACCGAAUAUUACUUUUCAUAGUUUAAA